AUGGAUCCACACUUCGUUGUCACACGAGAAGACCUGUAUAAUCUACAGAUGGAAGUGAAGCAGGUUCAGUACGCUCAAGCCAACCAUGCGGAUCGCAUCAUGAAACUGGAAAAGCGUCAAGCAGACGACGCCGCCCUCAAGUCAGUUUGGAACUCCCCCUUUCCGGGGGUCCUCAGUGGAACGCCCCAGCAUGGCCCCGUUUCACAGGAAGACCUCUUUGAUGACUUGGAUGAACAGGGGGAGCAGCUUCUCAACUCUUUGCACCUAGGCCCUGCAGAAGAGGAACCAACUCGCCGGGGGGCUGCUUCAAGGGCUAACAGCGUUCGAUUUGAUGAGAGCGCGCUGCAUGGAUCAAGCUGGGCCGGGCACAACAAUCGCCACUCGGGAGACUUUGGACCAGCGCGACCGGCCAGCAGCCUAAUGAUGGAGCGGUCCCUCUCCCACAAAUCAGACGGUAGACACAGUUCAGCAGGACAUUCGGUCCACUCACACCAUUCAGUGGCAUCUGGGCGAGCGAGCAGCCUAGGCCUUGAUACAACCUUCGCUGUAGAAGAUGAUGACGACUCCUCCCUGGAUAUACUCGAGCCACCAACUUCGUUGUUCGUUCUCGGAAGUGUGCCGUCCAUUGUGCGUUGCUGGUUGACAACAAACUUUGCGCAUAAUUCACUUCUGUAUGCUGAUGUUUGUACUGGUUCACAAAAGUCCACGGUUGAUUUAUCGUUGAUCAAAGAGCUCGGCCUGUCUGAUGAAAUUCAGCGAGAUAUGGAUGGCACCUACCGGGCUCGGCUGAACGUUUAUUUCGCCGAAGCCACAAUUCUCCAUCAUAGUCGGUCAGCCAACCCCGAACGCCCUGUCCCCUCCAUGGCCGUCGCUUUUGAAGUGGUCGGGAUGGAUAUGAAUGAUCAGUUGAGAGACGGUCGAGGCAUUCGCAUUUACGUCGGAAGUGAUGCAUUAAGACUACACUCGGCCGAUAUUCUGUUCUCCCAGAACACAAUGCUCUUGUAUGGAAGUGACAGGUCUCGCCUGCGAGUGCCAUUUGUGAGACCGGAGGAUGAUGCUGUUUUCAAGCACAUCUGUACCUCAAACCUCAUUCCCGGUAAGCCAAGGUUGAACGCAAACGCGGCGCCAUUCAUAUUGGGCGAUCUCUCAGAAAACAACCGCGUUGAGUAUAUCCGCCCGACAAGUCCACAGCAUCACGGGGACGACGAAGUCAGCCGAUCCAUCUCCCCUCUGGGCACAAUGUCCGAAAGUACCAAGGAUAUGGGACCAAGCAGCGCCUCCGAAGCCGGCUUGGAGAGCGACAAGUCUGUAAAAGCCAGGACUGACGGAGAAUCGAGUAUCAAGGAAGGUUCAAUCACGUCCGAGUCGAGCCGGAAGGAACCCCCAAGCGGCAUUUGGAGACCAUGGCGUCAAGGAGGGGCCAACGGGGCAGACGGCUCACCCAGGGAAACCGGACCUUUAAGCGGAUAUCAACCAGCAGCACGCUCAAGCCGUAACAUGAAGGUUCUGAAGCCACAAAAAUCAACCUCGGCUAGGACUGGUUCCUCCUACGAACCAGCACCCUCGACGACGAGAGAAGGUGGAGAAGGACGCCGUAAGAGUCAGGCCGGUCUUGGUGAAUCGAUAUCAAAUGGUAAUAUUCGUUGGGACACGAAAAGAGCCGUGAGUUACGGGCCCGAAGUGAAAUCAUCGCCACAGAGCACUGGUCGUGAGGCUCGCAAUUCGCAGACCCUUCCAAAAGCAGCGAACCCAGUCGGCGGGGCAUCCGCUUUUUCAUGGAUGGCUCCUCCUCCUAAACCGAAGGUUUGA